CUGGUUAAACAUGCAUAGUAUAGGGGUUUUAACUGCUAUUAUCCAUCAGAAAAUAUCAAAAUCAAAGAAAUGACGCCGUUUUGAGAAAUAGAUGUCGUUUAGCAGAUACUUGCUGCUGCCUGUUGUUUCUUGCUGCUGAGAGAAGCCGAGAAAGCGGAGAUCCAGAGGAGAGAAGACGACACAUCGGAAAAACGGAAAGAGAAAGUGAGAGACCAAAUCGGAGGAAGAUCGGAAUCGGUCUCCGUUCGCGGCCUCCGUCAUUGACCUGCCUUCUUCGCUUCCGGGAUGAAGAAUUGGCUUGGACAGAAACGUUAACCCGGCACCAUCGUCCAACAUUGUUCUCCAUCUAUUCAGAUACUCAGUUGGAUUCAGCUCGAAAUCCAAUUGAGUAAUGGCGCCGAUCUUCGAGUACUUCGUCGUGUGCGGGCUGGGUCCCGAGAUUCGAACCCUUGACGGGGACAAAGGUUACCAUGGAGUAGGCGUUCUGUACUUGCCAACACUGCUUGACCAAUACCCGCCGGAAAAUCAUACUCUGUACCCUCCGCCUCCGCCCCAGCUCCCCACUUGUGUGUUGCCAGCUGGUGUGGAGAUCUUCUCUACUGGAUUUGAUGUUAACGAUCCUUCCACUGCGCCACGGAGCUAUCCUAUCGUUUUGACGGAGGGUGAUGGGUCUAAAAUUUACGUUAGUUGCAUUGCUUUCCGGGAUCCAGUUAGCGAGGAUAUUGCUGAAGCGUACCGAAUACCUCCAGAUUCAUUUGCUGACAAAUGCAUUUGUCUUGUUUCGCGGUCUCCUAGUAUUGGUGUCAUUCGCAAUGCUCUGGAGGAGCUAUUUGCACUUUGCUUUUCCUCGGAUGGCAGUAGCAAGCCGUUAUGGGAUGUAAUUGCACAUUUGGUAUCCAAUGUACCAUUGCCUACUCCUGGGAGGGAUCGCGUCUUGUUUGCUAUUGAGAAUUGUCUGCUUUCUGUGGAUCCUCCACCAAAAGAUGGUCUUCCUCAUGCUGAUAGUCUAAUAAUUCCUUGUUUGCUUGGUGUGAAGCAUGUGUACAUCCCAUUACUCUUUUUCAGUGGAGUAGACUAUAUUGAUGCUCCUACGCCAUAUAUGAUGGGUCUUCACUCAGGUGUUGAUACAUCCCACCUUGCGAUGGAUGGUGUUUCCCAGUUCUUAGAUACUCAUGGUUUCCUGGAUUUUCUGGAAAGAACUGGAAGCCUUGAUGAAAGUGACAAUAAUCUCCUAGACAAGUUACAAGAUGCUAUUGGACGGGGUCAAAAUCCUAUGUCAAUUCUCCCCUCAUCUUCUACGGAACCUGAAAUUGUUACCAUAUCAGAUCCAAGUGGGGGAAGAUCAGGAUCAGGUGCUAAAUAUAUUUAUGACAGGUUUCCUUCUAACAUUAGAUCAGAAGAACAGGAGGAGAAGAGGAAACAGAUUCUUGCUGCAGCAAGUGGAGCUUUUGAGUACAUUCAGAAUGCUCCCAACUUACCGUCUGUGCAAGUGGGGAAGGACGCUCUUAGUCCCAUGGAGAGGGCCGUAAGUUACUUGUAUCCUGAGUCAAAUGCUGUGGGCUUAUGGCUGCGUCUUCUGAAACUGGGAGCCACUGAUGAUCCCCUUUCCUCUUUUGAAUAUGGCACUAUCCUCGCAUUAAUUGAGUCUGAUGCUGAGGGAAUUGGUGGUAGCGGGUUUAUUGAAUGUAUAAGCGAGCAUAUACAUACUGGCUGGCAGUGUCAAUUGACUGAUGAGCAGUUCAUUGCCGUUAAAGAACUGCUUAAAACAGCAAUUGGCCGUGCAACAUCACGCAAUGAUAUGUCAACCAUUAGAGAUGCUUUGGAGGUAUCAGCUGAGAUGUAUAAGAAAGACAGCAACAAUGUGCCUGACUUUGUCCAACGCCAUCUAAUCUCAUUGUCUAUAUGGGAAGAACUACGGUUCUGGGAAGGAUUCUUUGAUUAUCUAAUCGAACGUUCCUCUGACAAGUCUGCCAACUAUGCUGCUCAAGUGACAUCACAGCUUAUCCUCAUGGCUUCACACAUGGCUGGUUUAGGAAUUUCUGAUACUGAUGCUUGGUACAUGAUAGAAACGAUUUCAGAGAAGAAUAGAAUUGGAUACAAGCAGCUUAUCCAACUCCGGGGAUUUUUAACACAUAUACAGCAGCUUCGUGUUGGUUAUUGGGGAGUCUCGUCUGUAAAGACACCAUCCAUGUCAUCUCUGGGAUUGACUUCUCCUCGCCCAAAAGAUGGCACAGAUGAAAAUCAACAACCUGCCGAGGCUUCUGUUGUUGGAAGGAGCUGGGUUCAGAGCAUGUUUAGUAGAGAUUCUUCAAGAGUAAACUCUUUCGCUCGUGUCCGUAAAUGGACUUCUGAUGGUGCUUCAGAUGCUUCUGCUGCUGGCCAAAAGAAACUGCAAACCAAUGUUCGAGUACUUAGAGGCCACAAUGGUGCUGUAACUGCUUUGCACUGUGUGACACGAAGAGAGGUCUGGGAUUUGGUGGGAGACCGUGAAGAUGCUGGUUUCUUUAUCAGUGGAAGCACAGACUGUAUGGUUAAGAUCUGGGAUCCUAGCAUCCGUGGUUCUGAACUUCGGGCGACUUUGGAAGGGCACAAAAGAACUGUUCGUGCUAUUAGUUCUGACAGAGGGAAGGUGGUGUCAGGAUCCGAUGACCAGACUGUUAUUGUGUGGGAUAAACAAACAACCCAGCUUCUGGAAGAAUUAAAGGGUCAUGAAGCUCAGGUCAGCUGUGUCCGCAUGCUGUCAGGUGAGCGAGUGCUCACUGCUGCUCAUGACGGAACUGUUAAGAUGUGGGAUGUUCGAACGGACACCUGUGUAGCAACAGUUGGUCGUUGCUCCAGUGCAGUCCUUUGCAUGGAAUAUGAUGAUUCAACUGGGAUACUGGCCGCUGCUGGCAGAGAUGCGUCUGUUAGAAUGGUUGGAGACACUUUGAUAACAGGUAGUGAUGAUUGGACUGCUAGAGUGUGGUCUGUCUCACGAGGAACAUGUGAUGCUGUCCUAGCCUGCCAUGCUGGGCCAAUCUUAUGUGUGGAGUACUCCGCAGCUGAUCGAGGAAUUAUAACAGGUUCAACUGACGGGCUACUACGAUUUUGGGAAAAUGAUGAAGGAGGCUUAAAAUGCAUGAAAAAUGUCACGAUUCAUAGCGCUUCCAUAUUGUCCAUCAACGCUGGGGAACACUGGCUUGGAGUUGGAGCAGCUGACAAUUCAAUGUCUCUCUUCAAUCGCCCUCAAGACCGACUUGGUGGCGUGGCUGGCUCAGGGUCAAAAUUGCCUGGUUGGCAGCUGUACCGGACUCCACAAAAGAUGGUUGCUAUGGUUCGUUGUGUGGCGUCGGACCUUGAACGGAAGAGGAUCUGUAGUGGCGGACGGAAUGGAGUUCUGAGAUUCCAAGAAAUUGAGAAUGGAGGGAAUUCCGAGGAUAAGAAGGAGAAGGACGAUUACUCGGCUGUAAUUCGUGAACUAGAAGAAGAUUGCGAUGGGUGUACAAAUGGCGGAUUGGAGAAUACUGGUGCUGAAUUGGACACAACUGUUCCAGCGGUGCAAAGUGGUAGUAAUAAGUAUGAGUUCGUCUCGUCUGGGGAAAUGAUGACCGGAUUCAUGGAAGAACCCAGGGUUUUGAAGUUCACGGUCUAUGAGCAGAUAAGCGAUGAUGAACGAUUCGAAUCGUACGUUGAGAAGGAUUUCCAGGGAGAUGAAUUCGAUGCAGAGAAUGGUUGGGACUUCUUCGAUCGUUCCCUGAUCGAGAAGCUAAUGGAGGUUCAGAAACGCAACGCGAAGUUCAUUGAUGAUGAUGAUGAUGAUGAUGAUGAUGAUGAUGGUCCUGUGGAAGAAGAAGAAGAAGAAGAAGAAGGAAUGGGUUUCGAUUCCGACGGAUUUUCAACGGAGGAGGAAUUUGAAUGGCGUGGACUGGAAUCUGUUUCAGAGAAUAUGUCCACGGAAGAAGAACUUAUGUCUGAGAUUGAAGGUGUCAGUGAUUUGGGGAAAACAGGGGAUGUUGAGGAGAAGAAGGAAACAGUUGAAACAGAGAAAACAGAGGGCUCUGUUUCGGGCGUAGACAUAGAAGUAGAUGCUGAAGAAGAAGAAGCUUCGGGCCAAAGACUGACAGUAGAACAGAAUUCUUUCCUUAGUGAAGAAGCUGAAAACUUUCCGACAGAAAAAUGCGUUUCACCAAUCAAAGAGUACCAUUUCUUCCCUUACAGAACUAUUUAUGAUGGAUCAGAUCCCAGGAUUAAUCUAGGCGCCUCCAUUGAUGAAGGAGAAGAGGUUAAGAAGAUGGAAUCUGUUCAACCCCCAGAAUUCAGCGAUUCCGAUGUAGAAAUCCAACAACAAAAUCAAGAAGAAGAAGACAACGAUUACGAAGAAGAAGAGGAAUUCAUUGAAUUAGACCCAGGGAAUCGGGAUUCAGCUUCAUUCAGAAAUGAUGACGAGAGAAUGGAGCAAGAACCGGUGAAUCCAGUCGAACCGAGCAUCGAGGAGACCCGUUUCUCCUCAAGUUACGAGUCCGAUGAAGACUAUACAGAUUCACUGUGGGAGCAUAGCGACAUAGUAGAACAGCUGAAGAUGGAGCUCAGGCAGCAGGCCAGAACCGGCGGCCUACCGACGAUUCUCGAGGAAUCGGAGACCGAAGAACCAUCCAUUCCUUCUCCCCAAGUGGUUCACGAACAACUGAAGCCGUGGAAGAUCGACGAUGAGAAGGUUGAGUACAAAGACCUCAUUGACAGCAUCCACAAAGUUUACAGGAAUUAUUCAGACAAGAUGAAGAAACUGGACAUCCUCAACUUCCAAACCAUGCAUGCUGCAGGUUUACUGCACCUGAAAGACACUGUUCUGUCCCAGCCACCGCGGCGGAAUUCGAUCCAGGCGAUGGUGCUACACAACUGGUGUAAGCUGGGGAAAGUUGCGGCGGAGCCAAUGAGGAAGAUCGUGACGGAGAUGCAGAGAGAUUUCGAGGUUGUGUACGUUGGACAGCUCUGCCUCUCCUGGGAAAUGCUUCACUGGCAGUUCUGCAAGUCCCUGGAGCUCAUGAAGUUCGAUUCGUCGUCGCGAAGCUCUCGUCGAUACAAUCAAGUGGCAGGGGAAUUCCAGCUGUUCCAGGUUUUGGUGCAGAGGUUCGUCGAGAAUGAGCCCUUCCAGAGUCCCAAAAACAGGGUCCAGAGCUACGUCAAGGAUCGCUGCGUCGUUCGAAACCUUCUUCAGGUCCCAAUGAUCAAAGAGGACAGCUUGAAGGAGGAGAAGGAAAAGGAGGAGGGAGAUUACGAGCUCGUAAUCACGAGCGAAAUGCUCGUAGAGACCAUCGACCGAUCCACGAGACUCUUUUGGGAGUUCCUCCGAAACGAAAACAAUUCCCUAACCGCAUCGCAACCUCACACCGAUUCGCACGAUCAGGACACCAUGAACUCAGAGCUCCUCCAGGAAGUCAGAACCGAAUUUCACAAGAAGGACAAGAAGCUGAAGGAAAUCCUGAAGACAGGGAACUGCCUGCUGAAGAAGUUCCAGAGGCAGCAACAUGGCAGUCAGGAAUUUAGGAGACAGAGGGAAUUAGUGGUGGCUCAGGUCGAACUGAAGCUGGUCUCUAGGGUUCUGAGCAUGAACAGAAUCACAGCAGAGCAGCUGAUUUGGUGCCAUGAGAAAUUAGGGAAAGUGAGGUUGUCUAAUAAUAGGAAAGUAUCUGUUGAGCCUUCGUUUCUGCUCUUCCCUUGCUGACACAAACACACACUUACCCUACUAAAGUUAGCAACUUUGAUGAAUCCUAUACAUCCUUUUUUUCUUCUUCUUUUACUUUAGGAACGACAGAUGUAUAUGAAAGAGAUAUAGAGGGGAAAGAAAGGUAAACCACUGUGGUGCUGAAAGAUGCCAUCUUUUCCGUUUUUGGGUUGGAGGAUUAUUAGAGUGGUUUAGGUUAUUGGAAUUACUUUACUUUGGAAGAAGAGAUUGAUGAUGGAAGAUGAAGAAAUUAAAUGGUGGUGGUAGUGGGUGGUUUAUAGAUCUUCAAUGUGGGUGGCUAUAUAUCUAGCUAUAGGGAACAUCCGCGCACAUAAACUACAGUAAACUAAACAUGGCUG